GUUGUUUCGGGGAGCUCUCAGGAAACCAGAGCCGCGCAGGUCAUAAGCAGCCUGGUCAACAUAAACUCGAAAAUCCUCUGAACACCACCCACCAAUUCGAAAAUGCCUGCCACCACUGCAGAGACCCUUUCGUUCGUCUCUAGGAGCGUCUCCGUUGCUCCUCUUGUUCUUCUCUCAGCUGCAGAUCAUUACGGACGCUCAGCCAAGGGCACGCGCAAACGAGUCGUUGGUGUUUUGUUAGGACAGAAUGAUGGGAAGAAUGUGAGGGUAUCAAACAGCUUUGCUGUGCCUUUCGAGGAAGACGACAAAGACCCUUCAGUAUGGUUCUUGGACCACAACUACGUCGAGUCGAUGAACGACAUGUUCAAGAAGAUCAAUGCGAGAGAGAAGCUGAUAGGAUGGUAUCAUUCGGGGCCAAAGUUGAGAGCUUCAGACCUGGAGAUCAACGAGCUGUUCAAGAGAUACACUCCGAAUCCUUUACUGGUUAUCAUCGAUGUUCAACCCAAAGAGAGUGGUGUUCCUACGGACGCAUACUUCGCUGUAGAGGAGAUUAAAGAUGACGGAACCACCACAUCCAAGACCUUCGUUCACACCCCCUCAAUCAUCGAAGCUGAGGAAGCUGAAGAAAUCGGAGUAGAGCACCUCUUGAGAGACAUUCGAGAUGUCGCCGUAGGAACACUGUCAACCAGAAUCACAAACCAACUGCAAUCACUGCAAGGAUUGCAUUUACGGUUACGAGAUAUCCAACAAUACCUACAAAAGGUGCUCACGGGGACUCUCCCAGUCAACCAUGCUAUCCUGGGAAAUUUACAAGACGUUUUCAACCUUCUGCCCAAUCUCUCUACACCCAAAACUUCAUCAAAUGUCCCCAACGGCAUUGAUGGACCGGCGACGAACGAUAGCGAAUUAGCACAUGCGAUGAGUAUCAAGACCAACGAUCAACUCAUGGCCAUCUAUCUUAGCAGUCUGAUCAGAGCCAUCACCGCGUUCCAUGACUUGAUUGAGAACAAGAUUCAGAACCGCCAGCAACAAGAUACCCAGAAGGAGGAGGCCAAGGACGAGAAAGAGAAGAAAACUAAUGGAGUGAACGGUGUCAACGGAGAGGCUAAGGAAGCAGAAAAGGAGAAAGACGAGAAAGAUAAAAAGAAGUGAUGACGUUAUGAUGUGGUGGCGUUUAGUUCUCGGUGUUCAUGGGGCAUCAACUCGGCAUGGCAUAUUUCUGAUCAUGAAUGAGAUGUGCCUUUGUAUCAUAGAUGCGUAGCUUGCAGCAAAUAGCAGCCAUGCAAUUGUGUCUUCAAACAUG